AUGACAAAACUACGUGGCCUCGCAGCCCCCACAGGAGGCUCCUGUCAGGAGCUAGAGAUCCCCCGGAGCAAAGCGACGGGAUGUGCUACUAUUUGUGCUACCAUGAACCCUCAUAAUGAUGAGAAAAUCGUCCAUUGUACUCAACUGGAUGAGGAUGAUAGUGCUUCGAGUAUAAUACUCAUUGAAGCUAUGGAAGAGGAAAUAGGAUUUGCAGGUGUAUUACAACUUAUAUUAAUGGAUCCACAAUUUAAUCUAUCAUCAUCUAAUCCUGCUAGAAUGAUGAAUUGGAUAAGACUUGGAUUCAAGAAAAUAUCCCCAAACGAUGUUACCACCGUCACGAUGUUACUCGACCUGUCCAAAAUAUCAAUAUGA